AUGGCUACGGCGACCGGCGCUGCGAAGUCAUCGUCGCAGCAGCGGCGUGGCGCUAAACGGAGCCGCGCUGACAUCCAGUCGGGCGGGGCGAAUCCGUCGGCACCUUCCACGAAAAGGGGCGGCAGGCGCUGCGGCGGUGUUGCUUCUGAGAAGUUUCCUGGGCGCUUGACGGAGCUCGGCGGCUGCAUCGCAGGAGCUCAGAUCACGACAAAGGAAGCCGGCCGAGCAGAGUCGAUUAAAGUGGAGUCACAGCGACUCGGCCGUCCCGGAAUUGCGGGGAAAUGGCAGCCACCGAGUGUUCUUGUGGGUGACGUCCGUCGCGACGGAGGCGCGCUCACUCCGUCAGACACGUCAGCAGUGCCGCAGCCACGUCGGAUCGGCGCUCUCGCAGGGUCCUGCCUGACCCUGACGGAUCGGAUGAACUCGCUGACGUCAUCACUGACGGACCUGACGGUCGCCGGGAGCAAUCCCGUUAGCCCGACGACCCCCACCAACGUGCUUCUGUUUGGGGGAGCUUCUGGUCGCGCCACGAAGGGCGGAGCCACGAAUGGCGGCGGCAUUGGCGCCGCAAAUGGCGGCGGUUUCAAUGGCAAGGUUCCGGCGCAGGCGUCUCAGCUGCAGCAGCUGAUGGCUCUGGUGAUGCAGGAGCAGGAGAAGCGGGGGAGACUUGUGCGGAAAACGGAGCACACUGUGGUAACCAAUGCAACCCCUGGCGCGCCUGCUGCUGAUUCCCCGUCGUUUCCUGCUCUGGCUCGUGCUGACGGGAGGCAGGGACCUGGUGACGUGGCAGGAAGCCAGCUCAGCAUGCUAGUGGCUGUGCUGGCUUCAAGGCUUGGUCAGCAGAAGGCACCAGUAGCAACAGGAGGAGAGGGAGCAGUAACCAUGCAGGAGUGUGGGGAGAUGGAGCUAUUGAAAUGUGUCAAGGGGCAAGGAAUUGCAGGGCCUGCUGCUAUGGUGCAAUGCAGAGAGGUGGACUUGGAUCUUAGACUGUAA